UUCUCUAAAGAGCAUACAUGUAUGUAAGGAAUCAUCCAUACAAAUCAUACAUAUAAGUUACUAAUUUGUUCAUAGGAGCACAAUUACCCAUACAAAUGGGAGGCGAUUAUGUUGUCAUACUAGUCUUAGUGUGCUUUUUAUGUAGAACUUGGGAACUCACCUUGGUUGAUUCGAUAGACAUAGAUGGCAAUCUUGUGACAGAUGAGAAGAACACCACACUUUUAACACCUAAAUCUUUACAUUUUCCUUGGAGAGCUAAUAUCAAGGAUGAAGGAAGCGGCAUUAUUUCUCAUUAUGCAAUGUGGCACACAAAGCCAGGACAAUUCUAUGGCCUUCGAGCUGAGAUGAGUAUAUGGGCUUCACCAAAUCAAGAAAACUCCCAAGAAUCUGGAACAUCCUUACAGAUGUACUGUCAAGAUGGAGGAAACUACAACUUAAUUCAAGUUGGAUUUCACAUUUCCCCCUCCUUAUACCACAACAAAGAUAUUCGCUUCUUUACAUAUUGGACUAAGGACUUGAAAUCAAGGGGGUGCUACAACUUGAAGUGCCCAGGCUUUGUUUCUGCAAGUGGAGCUAAUCUGGUACCUGGACAAGCCAUUGCUCCUCCAUCAAUUUAUGGGGAACAAGACUACUCGGUUAGGCUUAGCCUCAACCAGGAUCCAAAUUCCGAAGAUUGGGUGGUGUACCGUCAUGAUUUAGAAAAACUAUCAUUGUUGGGACAUUUUCCAAAGAAGCUUUGCCGUGGAACACCACGUAUACAAGCCUUGACUGGAUUCGUGAAUUACUUGAAGAAUGCACAUGGUCCUCCAAUGGGUAGCGGCCACUUCCCCGAUCAUGAUGAUAAGAAAUCUGGGUAUUUCAAGCACAUUCGGUAUAUCAACCCAAAUGGUCAUUCUUAUACCCUCUUUGACGUUCCCAUGGUCAAGUUAGUUGAUAGGCUAGAUUGUUAUAGAGCAAAUGAUUUAUUUCUCGAUUAUAAGAAGGGUUAUAUGUUCCACUAUGGUGGACCAAGUGGUUGUGUUGGUUGACACAAAAGUUGUAUUCCCAUUUGGAUUCAAUAAUAAAACAUAGUAUGAUACUUAAU